GUGUUGGGCAUCGGAGCGCAAUCCCUCAGGUUGGGAGGAAAGACGAGGGUCGAUGAGGGGGGAAAUCCGUGGACUCGGAAACCUUCACCGGGAUCGGCCUUGCCCGAAUAGGUAAAAGCCUCGGCUCAUCGGCGUUGCUUCGAGCAAUUCUAAUCCGCUCCCCUUGAUUGGCAUCGGCCCAUUUAUUAUAAGACCCCUAGGCAAAGUCCUUCCCCGCAUUUUGGUCUGAAGCUUUGGUCCUACCCAUACAGGACGUUGCCUUUUUGUUUGAACAAGUUCCGAAUACUGUUACGCGCAGACGUUAGACCGACCAUGUCGAAAAGCUUCACCCGCGCCGAGGUUGCGCAACACAACACGGAGGACUCUGUCUGGUGCAUCAUCGACCAUCGCGUUUACGACUUGACUGACUUCAUUGAUGCGCACCCCGGUGGUAGUGUCGUUCUGAACCAGAUAGCAGGCACCGAUGCAACGGUCGAUUUUUAUAACCUCCAUCGGCAGGAAGUCCUCGAGAAGUACAAAGACCUUUGCAUCGGAACGAUAACCGGCGAGACCCCUGUGGUUGUCACCCCUGAGCCCGGCAGUCUUAGCCAGGUUCCUUACGCCGAGCCCCUAUGGCUCCGUCCCCAGUUCAAGAGCCCAUACUUCAAUGACAGCCAUCAUCGACUCCAGAAAGCUCUUCGAGAGUUCACCGAUCGCUAUGUGACCCCUGAGGCGCAGGAAAAGGAGAAGGACGGUAGUUAUAUCAGUCAGGACUUGAUCGAUCGUAUGGCGGAGGCUGGAGUGCUGGCGAUGCGUUUGGGCCCUGGAAAGCAUCUGCAUGGGCGGAAGCUGCUUGGUGGGGCCAUUGACGGAAAGGAGUUUGACUACCUCAGUGACAUGGUGCUAUCGCAGGAGUUGGUGAGAGCUAAUGCUCGAGGCUUCCAGGAUGGAAACAUGGCCGGUAUGUGUAUCAGUUUGACUGCCGUUCAGCAGUGGCUCCGUGAUGAGCCUCUUCGACAGAAGGUCACCGAGGAAGUUCUGUCUGGAAAGAAGAAGAUGUGUCUGGCGGUUACAGAGGCAUUUGCUGGCAGUGAUGUGGCCGGUCUUCGCACGACAGCAAAGAAGACCCCUGACGGCAAGCAUUAUAUUGUCAACGGAACCAAGAAAUGGAUCACCAACGGCAUGUUCUGUGACUACUUUGUCACCGGCUGCCGGACAGAGAAGGGUUUCUCGGUGCUUCUAAUCCCCCGCGAUGAAGGGGUUGAGACCAAGCAAAUCAAGACCUCUUACUCGACGGCGGCUGCUACUGCGUAUGUCCAGUUUGAGAACGUGAAGGUCCCAGUGGAGAAUCUUCUAGGUGAAGAGGACAAGGGUUUCAUCGUGAUCAUGAGCAACUUCAACCACGAGCGGUUCAUGAUGGUCUGCAGUGUGGUCCGCAUGUGCAUGACCGUUGUAGAGGAGUGCAUGAAGUGGUGCAACCAACGCAUCGUCUUCGGCAAAAAACUGAUUGAGCAGCCCGUUAUGCGACAGAAGCUUGCUCGCAUGAUCGCACUUUGCGAAUCCAACCAGGCGUGGCUGGAAUCUAUCGCAUACCAAAUGUGCAACAUGACCUAUGCUCAGCAGUCGGCUAAUCUGGGCGGGCCCAUUGCCCUUCUCAAAUCUCAUGCCACCCGCUCGGCACAGGAGAUCGCUGACCAGGCUACCAACAUCUUCGGUGGCCGGGGAUUGACCCAGAGUGGCAUGGGCAAGUUCAUUGAGAUGUUCCACCGAACAUACAAGUUUGACGCUAUCUUGGGUGGCACGGAAGAGAUCCUGGCCGACCUGGGAGUCCGCCAGGCGAUGAAGAAGUUUCCUAAGGCGAUGCUGUAGUGCGCUACACCGACAUCUUCUGCCUGAUAAUGAUCUUGCUUUUCUCAAGUGUGGACCCUGCGGGACAGGGCACGGUCUUCGGAUCUAAUUGAAGUAUAGCGAUUAUUGGAGUCUUUCAGCUGACCGACAUGUAAAUGUUGUUGUACAUAUAUGAGUCAAGCUUUCAUGAACACUCCAAACUAGGCACUCUGCGGCCCAUAUGCUCAUGUUUUCAAGUAUCGUCGGUGCGCUUAGUGGCUCAUAGGCUCUGCAAGCGGAUGUCAUAUGCAUCCACCGGG